AUGCUGGCUGGUGCCAAGCGCAGUCGAACACAGGCCGGCUUGGUUGAGGAGAUUCGGAAUUGCGUGAACGAGUUCCCGGAAGAUGCGACCGAGGGAAAGAUUUCAGAGAUCGCAGACUUCGUUCAGUUUUGCACUCGCCGCGACUCGGUGGACAAGUUGGUGCAGGCCAUCACGUGCAACGCGGACAUGCAGUCGCUGAUCAACACCAUCGAUAUUGCGGACCCGGCGGCGGUGCAGAAGCUGAGGGCACUUGUGUCAGCAGCGACCGCAGACAUCAUCAACCACUUGCAGCCGACGUUGGCCCUCUUAGAGCGCAGCCUCAACCCGAAUGAGGUAGCAACGCCUGUCCCCGGAGCCUUCAAGGGCAUCUGGAAGUUGGCCAGAGUUUGCAAGGCACGCGAGGGAUUCAAGUUUCGGAGUGGGACAGCUUUGGAUGACGCCCAAUCGGUCGCUCACAGUGUGGCUGCUUUGGAGAGAGACAUAGACGCAGACAAGUUCGUGAAGACGGCCACGGCCGUGCAAAAGUUGAGUGCCAGCAGAGACCUCAAGACCGCCUGUGAGUGGGUGGAUGCGGCAGGCAUUCAGCUUAAUCCGUGGUUCUGGCUUGAGUACCUAAUUCGUAAUUUCCCGUACCAUGAGACUCUCGAAUGUCACGCUCAUUAUCAGUUCAGUUUCUUGCAAGGAUCCGACAUCGACGGCGGUCUCGUGAAAUUGAAGCAAGCCAUCGCUCGCGUGGCUGCCUCGCAUAUCUCAGAAACGCCUGCUUGGAUGUGGUCGCUCAUCCAUGCGGGCAAGCACACGCCGGUGAUGGCAUUGGACUCCAGUGCAAAGUCACGACUUGGACCGCAGGUGGAGAAGAUCAUCCGCGGUGUGCAGCGUGUCAAGGACUUCAGUGCACCCGCUGAGAGCAUCAACCACGGUAUCUAUACGGCCGAGGCUUGGACGAGCGCCAAUUUGGCUAUGGAGGGCAUGACGGCAUGGUGCGACGUGACAGCCUUCCAGCGUGACCACAAGGAGCAGGGCCUUCACGGAUUGGAGGCCGCUGUGACGGGCCUCACGGACAAGGUGACCUCUUCGAUCAUUCAUUUAGCAAACAAGGCCAAAGCCGGGAAGGCGGCGUUGCAGCCUGUAUAUGAGGAGGUCAAGCUUGCCCUUCCGUUCUUGCAGGGUGUGGACGUUGCCAAGGUGAAGCCUGAGGAUGUUCCACAAGAGGUGACCACUUUGCUCACCAAGUACGCUGACGAGCCCGAGACGUUGGAAGGAGCGGUGGCAGGUGCAAAGGCUAUGCGCGACACCGAGUAUGUCUUGCAGUGCUACAUCAACCGGGAGUCGGACAUGACGGACACGAUUCCAGCCGAGACCUUGAAAAUCAUGACCGAAGCGUACAAGCUGGGACCGACAUGUUCGGAAAUGAUGGCGGCCACGUUCGCCUUCAUGUCACUUGAGCUCUUUACGCAGGACCGCAGCGAGCCGGCAAGACUUGCCAAGGACGUGACCGCAUUCCUCAAGUUCGCGAGCACGCACUUGCUGCUCACGCGCAAGGACCAGCCUGCCAAGGCUGUUGCUUUGCUGGAGAAGAUGCAGAAGGCCGGAUGGAGCCAAGUGCACGUGAUGAGGAAGUCAAUCGCAGUUUGCAGUUAG